GCGUUGGGGGCGGCGGCGGGCGCUCCGGGAAGGCCGCGCGUGGGUCCGUCCGUCCGGGAGUGUGUGGGCCCGCCGGCUCCAGCCCUCAGCCUUCCGUCCCGGGACAGGCCUGCUGCCCGCUGCCCCCGUGGCACGGGGGAGGCCGGGGAGCGGCGCGAGGAACCGCCAGGAUGAAGCUGGUGAGGAAGGACCUGGAGAAGGAUAAUGCGGGGCAGGUGACGCUGAUCCCCGAGGAGCCUGAGGACAUGUGGCACACCUACAACCUGCUGCAGGUGGGUGACAGCCUGCGCGCCUCCACCAUCCGCAAGGUUCAGACCGAGUCGUCCACGGGCAGCGUGGGCAGCAACCGCAUCCGCACCACCCUCACUCUCUGCGUGGAGACCAUCGACUUCGACUCGCAGGCCUGCCAGCUGCGGGUCAAGGGCACGAACAUCCAAGAGAACGAGUAUGUGAAGAUGGGCGCCUACCACACCAUCGAGCUGGAGCCUAACCGGCAGUUCACCCUAGCGAAGAAGCAGUGGGACAGCGUGGUGCUGGAGCGCAUCGAGCAGGCCUGUGACCCGGCCUGGAGCGCCGAUGUGGCGGCCGUGGUCAUGCAGGAGGGGUUGGCUCACGUCUGCCUUGUCACCCCGAGCAUGACGCUUACUCGUGCCAAGGUGGAGGUGAACAUCCCCCGCAAGAGGAAAGGGAACUGCAGUCAGCACGACCGAGCGCUGGAGAGGUUUUACGAGCAGGUGAUGCAAGCCAUCCAGAGGCAUAUCAACUUUGAGGUGGUGAAGUGUGUACUGGUGGCUAGCCCAGGUUUCGUGCGGGAGCAGUUUUGUGACUACAUGUUCCAGCAGGCAGUCAAGACUGACAACAAACUUCUGCUGGAGAACAGGUCCAAGUUCCUGCAGGUCCACUCUUCCUCAGGACAUAAAUACGCAUUGAAGGAAGCACUCUGCGACCCAGCUGUAACUAGCCGUCUGUCUGACACUAAAGCAGCUGGGGAGGUGAAAGCCUUAGAUGACUUCUAUAAAAUGCUGCAGCACGAGCCUGACCGGGCUUUUUAUGGCCUGAAACAUGUGGAGAAGGCCAAUGAAGCCAUGGCCAUUGAUACCUUGCUGAUCAGUGAUGAGCUUUUUCGGCACCAGGAUGUGGCUACACGUGCCCGAUACGUUAAAUUGGUAGAUAGCGUACGGGAGAACAUGGGCACAGUACGCAUUUUCUCCAGCCUCCAUGUGUCUGGAGAGCAGCUGGGCCAGCUCACAGGGGUGGCAGCUAUCCUCCGCUUUCCUGUUGCUGAGCUCUCUGAUCAGGAGGAUGAAUCUAGCUCUGAAGAGGAUUGAUAACAGUGACUUCAUUCCAGUUUAUUUUCCGUGUCAUGUUGAAGUGACAUUAAAGGUCCUCCCAACCUGAAUACUGUGUGCAGAUGUACUAGGAUAUGUAAUUAAAAACUUUCAAUAGUAAACAUACACAUACAUUUAUAUGGUUUUACUCAGCACACUACUUGAUAUCUAAUCUAUGGUAAUAGCUGUUGGUAUGCUGUGCUGAGCUGACUGUUUUUGCAGUUCUGGACCACCAGCAAUACAAGAAACUGAUUUGUCUCCCCAGUGCUGCUUAGUCUGCAUCUUAGGGCAGACUGCUAGCUUAGUGAAAUUUGUAGGGAAAAAAUAGUAAACUAACAGAGAGAAAUUCACAUUAGACUAUUUCUAUUCAAGUGCUUAAAAAGAGUAUUGCAAAACAAACUUCUUGGAAGACCUGUCAAAACUGCUUGGUCUUCGUAAGAACUCCCUGUUCCUCAUAAGGUGUGUGAAAGGAAUGGGGUCAAUAUCAUCUCUUAGGGCUUUAUGUGGUGAUGUAAGUCUAACCACUUAAAUAUUUCUGUGAAACACUUGAAGCAGUCUUUCAGCAACCAGUUCCUUUAAGUUAACAUCUAUUUGCUAACAUGAUAGUAGAUGCAGGACAAAUGGUGAAUCUCAGUGCAACCACUUAGUUAUCUUUGAAUGCUGUUACCUUGGGAGAAUGUUCUGAAGACUAAAAAGAUGUCAUUAACUGUAUAUUGGUAUUUUUUAGCACCCAGUUUUGAGAAAAUACAGGAAAAAACUUAGAAAAUCAGGACUCUAGUUUCCACAAUGAAUCUUCUGAUAGCAAAUAGCUUAAAUUCAUAAUCUGAUAUUUUAUUUGCAUAUUUCUUUAAAAACAUACAUAAACUGUGAUACAGAAAUGAAGAUGACAAAAUUAUAAAUCAAACUUCAACUUAAGAUAGUGGCAACUAUAAAAGUGAAAAUUACUUCUUCAAUUAUUUGAUCAGCUCAAAGUACUUAGAGCCAAAACCAGUUUUGUUUCUUCACUGGGCAGUAAAUCUUCGUUUGAGGAAGCAAAAAUUGCUUUCAGAUUCAGACAUAACCCUAUGGUUGUAUUGUUUGAAACCAAGGUUUGAUGGUGUGGCUUGUAUGGGUAAAUAGGCAUUACUUUUUUAUAUGUGAUGGAAGGUGAGAAUAGGAACCACGGAAGAAUUCUGUAAUAUGGAAAGUGUUGUAAGAAUGGAACAUUAAGAAAUAAAACCAUCAAAACUCCUAGUCUGGGUAAAAUAGUUUUAGGAAAAUCGUUUUUAAGGGUGCCAAAACGUUCAUGGGUGCCAAUCCUCUGAAUUUAAUACUAUCUAUUGGUAGCUGAAACAUCAGUCUAGACUUGAUAGAGAAGUACUUUUGAAUUAAAGCCAUCUCCCUUUUCUAUAUCAUCCACACAAUCUAAGAAAUUAUUGAAUAGAACAUCUAUUAGAGCUGUAACACUUCGAUUCUUACUUGUUGAAGACAGCAAGCCCAUUGAGACACUUGUUUACUGUCAGCUUGCACACCUGAAUUAUGUUACUUGAGCUUUUUUUUGUCUUGAAUGGUGUUGGGUGCCACAAGUCAUAGAAUGCUCAGGUAAGAUUUCUUUAGCAGUUAAGACUGCUUAAAUUAAUUUAUUUUUAUUUUAAUUUGCGUAAGUUUAUUAUACACUCAUUUAGCUGCAAAGCACCUUGAUUCCUGUUGUAUCUAGUUUAAUCUAGAAAAAUAAAAUAGGAAGCAGAAGAAGUUGUCCAGGAAAUACUAAUUAUAUGAAGCAAAUUAGGCCUUAAAAAAACUCAUAUCUAAAUAAGUCGUUAAUUUCUCCAAGCUUUUAUAACAUUGGAUGGUAUAGUAGUAUAUUCUCUUUAAUUAAUGCAGUUUGUUGCAGCUGUACACAAAUGACAUAUUCCCAUUUGUAGUACACCAGAAAUUCUUGGUUUUUCUCAACAAACUCUCUGAGAGACAAAUCAAACUGUUCUUUGGUUGUGGGAUAGAUUGCUAUUUAUCAGACAAGAUUGGUUACAAUUAUUCCAUUGUAAACCAGAAGUUAUGAAGAGUUUUUGCUGUGUACUACAUGAUUACAAUGGUGAUUUUCUGUUUUGUGCCUGUAGUUAGCAUCAAGGAAAAGAAGUGCCCAUUUUGUUGCAUUUUUUUUUGUUUCAUCUGGUAAGAAAAUGUGACAAUAGUGAUUCUUUUGAUUCCUUGAAUUAUUUACACUUAAAAUUAAAAUUCUGCCAUGACUUUGUAUUUUGUGUAUUUUUCUUUUUUUUAAUCUAGUGCUCUCAUGUUGUUACGUCUCUGAAAGAAAUACACAUGGGGUUGUAGAGUUGCCCAAAGUAUGGAAGGAUGGGAUUGGUUUUUUUCCUUCUUUUUUUUUUUUGGUGGGGGGAGGAGGGGAAAGCAUUUUUGUUGUAAAAUAAAUAUACAAUCACUAUGUACACAAAUGUAUCCUGUUUCAGGAAACAGCUUAAAGGCUUGGUAUUGAAAGUGGGUUGUGUUCAGUAGUUGCAGAUGCUUGACCUGGGCAAGUUCCAGAGUUGUUAGUAUCUUCCACAUUUCAAGGAAUUUUGAUUAGUUGGAAAGUCCUUAUUGACAAAGUUGCUUGCUCAAUGCAGACCUUAGUUUAUGUGUAUAGAUAACAUUUGCACAGAAGAGACAUGCUAUCAACAGAUCAAAGGAGUGCUAGAGCCAUGGGAAAAUAUUUUUUGUGUCUGUUGUCUGGAACUAAACAUACAUGAACUAAAAAAUGUGUCUCCAUUUAGUUUAGUAUUAUAUUCUGACAUAAUUCUGUGAAUUAAUAGUGUGGUUUAACUUCGAGUUUUUCAGUGUUCAAAAUUCAUGAAGACAUAGUAGAAGUUCCUAAAGCUUGUUACAUUUGGUAGGAAGAAAGCUUUUAAAACUAUGAAAUUAGAUUAAUCAUGAACCCUGCUGUGCUAUACAGUGAUUCAAAUAAAUUUAUUCAUUUAUUCAUUUGCCUGUCUUGCAAAUUUGUAAUUUGGAACAGGCUCCAGUUUGUCAGUUUUGUCACCUUUGGCAUUCAAAUCCACUUACAUACAUUUUUUGUGAUUGUUAAUCAGCUAAAGCUUGGUGCAAAAUGCAGGGUCACCACCAGCUAGAGACCAAAAUAAUCGUACUGAUUAAAAAGCAAAAUAAAAGAUAAAUCCUUCAGUAAAACUGUAAAGCAUUUAACAGUGUUUGAUUGGGGAAUUCCUCAUCUCCCUCCUGUCUUUACCCCAUUUAAGUAAAAUGCUAGUAAUAAGUGAUCUUUGGACCACCAGUUUAACAAGUUUAACAUAGCUCUUCAGUUUAAUUUGUGAUGGGACUAGACAUGAUGAUUUUAAACCUGUCUAAAUAUCUACAUUUUCAUUUGCUACUGUUCUCUCACGGGUUAAGUAGCCCUGAAUUUUAAAACUAACUUAGCUUUUGAAAAUUUCUUACAGCUUCUGAGCUGCUGAUCUUGGUUUGCCUUGUUCAGUGAAGGUAUAUUAUAACUUACUUCUCAUUGGAUGUAUGUAUCACUUGAGCCUCUCAAAUUUCUUUCUGGAAGCUGGAUUAUACAUCUAGAAAAAUGUGUUCAUAUGCAUGUGUCUGUCAGAUCACCCAGUCCAUUCACUUUUCUCUAGGAUUUUCAUAGCUCUCUUUUUAAAGAAAAACUUGUUUUAGAGAUUGAGUUUUGCAGGAAGAACCCCCAUAUUGUGAGAAUGUGUUACUUGAAGCCAUAUUUCUACAGUGUGUUGUCUAAUGAUUCUACAAAAGACCUAAGAAAGCAGUUUAUAAAAUUUGAAGCAGCAAUUAGAAGGUCUGCAAUUAGGAAUCCUUGCUUAUAACCUAAAAUCGGAAUCCCUACAGGAAACAUAAUAA